AUGGGCUGGUUUGAAGCGCCUUCUUCGAACAGCAAGUCCUCAUCCUCAGGAGGAGGGUACUAUGUCCGCCGCCGCGGCUCUCCCACGCGCAGCCACAAGGGCCACUCAUCGUCCUCCAGCCACAAAGGCUUCUCAACUUACCAUGCACGCCAUUCUGCGCCGUCGAUCUUCGGCUUCGGCCGGUCGACCACUGGCCGAUCCACGAGCCCUUCUGUGUUCUCAUCCUACUCAUCUUCAUCUCGACGUGCCCGGCCACGCGAAGGAUUCGUCCAGCGCAUGAUUUACUCUGCAAAGAAGCUGCUGCGGGAUAUCUGGCGCUAUAUGCGCCAACACCCUGUCAAGGUGUUUUUCAUGGUGAUUGUCCCACUGCUGACCAGUGGAGUCUUGCCAAAGCUCUUGGCGAUGGUGGGAUUGAGACUCCCUCACGGGGUCGCAAGUGCGUUAGGUGCUUCUUCUGCAGGACACGGCUACGGGGGCAUGAGUGGGGGUGCUGGAGGUGGUCUGUCGGAGGGUAUGAAUGGGCUGCUGAGUUUGGCGAAGAUGUUCGCUUAA